AUGGUAUUUGGUCGAUGUAGCUUUAAUCCUCAUUGGAACUUUGUUAUGAUUAAAACCAACUAUCGCAUUGGGAUAUUAUUGUUCACACCUACGUCUUUGGAUGUAUUUGCUCUUGAUAACAAACCGAGCAACUACUAA